UUUAGUUCAAAAAUUAUCGGAAAGUGCAGUGUGGUUUCUCUUUAUUUAGAUAAAAUAUGUAUAAAACGAUUUUUAAUGCAUCAUCGUACAGUUCCAAAAUAGAGCUGUUGUACCGAUUGUCAUCUCGAAUUAUUUUUAUUUAACAAAUUAAGUUCAAUAUGGAUCCUGCAUUACUCCGAGAGCGUGAGGCCUUCAAGCGACGGGCUAUGGCUACGCCAACCGUCGAGAAGAAGGCCCGUACUGAACCAAGCUAUGGAAUCCCAAAAGACGUCAAGAAACCGCGUCCGUCGAUUGCUCCACCAAAGAUGGAUGCCAGCAACUACAAAACUAUGUCUGGGAGCUCACAGUACCGCUUCGGUGUUCUUGCAAAGAUAGUGAAGCAUAUGCGGUCUCGUCACCAGGAAGGAGAAGAUCAUCCUCUUACUUUGGAAGACAUCCUGGACGAAACCAAUCAACUGGAUAUCGGUUCCAGUGUGAAAAGUUGGCUUCAAACAGAAGCACUUAGAAAUAAUCCAAAAAUAGAAGUAACUCCUGAUGGACGGUACGUGUUUAAGGCUGUCUUUCGAAUUAAGGACGGGAAGAGCUUGAUGCGUUUACUUAAGCAGCAUGAUUUAAAGGGUUUGGGAGGUGUACUACUAGACGACGUGCAAGAAUCACUACCACACUGUGAAAAAGUUCUGAAAAAUCGGGCCUCAGAAAUAGUUUUUAUCACUCGGCCGAACGACAAAAAGAAAGUACUUUUCUACAAUGAUCGAACAGCGAACUUCCACAUUGACGAGGAUUUUCAAAAGCUAUGGCGUGCUGUAACUGUGGAUGCCAUGGAUGAUGCCAAAAUUGAUGAGUAUCUAGAGAAGCAGGGCAUCCGUUCAAUGCAGGACCAUGGCCCGAAAAAGCCAAUGAUUCCGAAACGGAAGAAGGUGCAGGCGAAGAAACGGCAAUUCAAAAAGCCCCGGGAUAACGAACAUUUGGCCGAUGUUUUGGAAACUUAUGAGGACAACACUUUGACACAGUCGAAUGCAGUGCAGGAAGUGAAGCAGAGUAACUGAGGUGGGUUUGAAUUAUUUGGGCUCGUUUUUGGAAUAAAAUUGAUUAUAACUA